AUGUUGAAAGUACCAGAGACCCUAAUAACCACAUACCAAGCCACUUAUAAGGAUCCGAAAUGUGCACCUGAUAAUAUGUGUAAUUUUACAGCAGUCGAAUGUGGAUGCAGAGAAAUUCACAAGGCCCCAUGUACCAAAUAUUUCACGGACUAUAGAAGUCAUUUAAGAAAGACUCAUCAUCCAUGCAAAGAAAUUGAAGAUUUCAACUUGACCGAAUUAUCUCCAAAUCCCGAAAAUGUGCUCAACAAAAUGAAUUGCACAAGAGAUAGGUAUUUAGAUCAAUUUCAUGUCAGCUUGAACAAUAUUGAUCAUGCAAGAUGUGCAGAAUUAUCUCAAUUUAUAAAAUUAGCUGAAAAGCACCGUGAAUACUAUCUUGACAGAACGGGGACAGUUUAUCCAGUUCCCUAUUUUUCAAGUGCAAAAUAUUGA